AUGGCGUCGUUCGAACCUCAGGGCCAGUCUCCUCCUUGCUGUGGCCCACAGUUCCCCAGCCUGGGCCAGGAACCUCCAGAACUCAGCAUGUACAGUGACUGCUACUACCCUCCUCCAUCGCUCCCCAGCCCCCAGCGCACCACCCCCACCUCCUACGACUACAGCACCUCGUCCCCCAAUCCUUACCCGUGGUUCAACGGAUCCGGCAUCAACGCUCCCCCAUACCUGGCCACCGCCGGGCCCCCAGGUAACCCUGGGCCCCCCUUCGUCCCCCAGCACUACGGGAUGCAGAGGCCCUACCUGGGGCCCGGCGGGGCGGGGGGCCCUGGGGGGGAGCUGGGUUGGUUCUCUCUGCCCUCACAGGAAGACCUGAUGAAGCUGGUCCGCCCGCCCUACUCCUACUCCGCCCUCAUCGCCAUGGCAAUCCACGGCGCCCCGGGGCGGCGGCUGACCCUGAGUCAGAUCUACCAAUACGUGGCUGAUAACUUCCCCUUCUACAACAAGAGCAAGGCCGGCUGGCAGAACUCCAUCAGGCACAACCUGUCACUCAACGACUGCUUUAAGAAGGUCCCCAGAGAUGAGGAUGACCCUGGUAAGACUGACUUCAUUAUGUGUUUGUUUUAUUUUAGUACUAAGCCCACAAAAUAACCCUUCAAUCUAAGGCAUGACAGUAUUUGAUCGUUUAAUUAUUCAUUUUGAAUCUAACCAGAACCAAAUAUGUAAUGACAGACUACUGUGAAUCUGCUGCUAAUCUUUGGUCAAGUCAACAGUGGACUUUUGUUGUCAUGUGUCUUUACUUUAGGUAGCCAUUGCUGCUUGCCUUUAGAGUGUGUAAUAGUCUUGUGAUAGAACGGCUUGCCUUUUGAGUGUGUAACAGUCUUGUGAUAGAACGGCUUGCCUUUCGAGUGUGUAACAGUCUUGUGAUAGAACGGCUUGCCUUUCGAGUGUGUAACAGUCUUGUGAUAGAACGGCUUGCCUUUAAAGUGUGUAAUAGUCUUGUGAUAGAACUGUAGAUGAACUGUGUUUAGUAAUGAUAGUAGAUGAUGCAGUCAGUAGUCCAUCUGUCAACCCCAAACACACACUAAUCUAUUCCUCUCUCUACCCCUCCCCCCUCUCUCUCUCCCUCACUCUCUCUCUUCCAGGUAAGGGUAACUACUGGACACUAGACCCAAACUGUGAGAAGAUGUUUGACAACGGAAACUUUCGUCGUAAAAGGAAGAGGAAGUCUGAAUCGCUGUCUGGAGGAGAGGGGGGGUCAGGGGGGCCGGAGUCAGGUGACCCCAACAACCGGGGGAGCCCCCAACCCCCCAGCAACCACGGGAUCGACAUGUCUCCCACGCCAGAGAGAAUCCCCUCCCCUUCCUCCUCAGGUCCCGCCCCUUGCCUGAGCAGCUUCCUGUCUGAGAUGUCUGGAGUGGUGUCUGGUGGAGCCAAUGAGAUCGUAGGAGAUUCGCUGAACCGGGCCCUGCCCAUAACCCUUACCCUGGACGGGACCCAGAGGCCUACACAGCCUGGGGGUUUUAGUAGUUACUCCCCCAGCUCAGGUCCUUCGGAGUGGGCCUCCCAGCUGCCGCCACCCCCUGGCCUGUCCUCCUCGCCCACCCACUCUUCCCUUGGUUACAGCAGCCCCAUCCUCAGCCAGUUCAAUGGGCAUUUCUGCCCUGGCUUGGGCUCAGCAAGCAUCCUAUACCCACGGGAAGGCACAGAGGUCUGA